AUGUCACACUUCACCACCGUUCAUAAAUACGUUCCAAGUUUGUUUUUAUUUUAAUUAUUGCACACAGUGUUGAUGAGCAUCUCUGUCUAACUUACGAAUUCUUUGGGACUAUUGCAUGAAAAACAACAGUAAAUGUUUUUGUGUUAUGCUUUCUAAACAUUAACUUGUUGUUUCUCAAUUCUCUGUAAUAUCAAACAAAAAAGGGGUUCAUAGUUAAAAGAAUCCGGUGAUAAAAAAUUGUCGUUAUAAUAAUUGUAUUAUAUUACUCAAAUACCUACUUUAGUAAUCUGUAACAAUAGCUGGAGCUAUGUCGAAUAUAUCGAAAAGAAGAAAAGAGGGAUCGAGAACCAAGAUCAAGAGCAUGGGAGACCACAAAGAGUUUCUGAAGCGCAUCACUAAGACGCUGUACUACGGCCAACUACCCACUUUACCCUGUCUAAGUCUGCCUGUUACAGAGAUUUCGUGUGAGCUGUGGUCGGUGUCUCAACGCGGGCGGUCGCUCCGGCGCCUGCACGCGGAUGCGGCGGCCGGCAUCGCGCGCAGCGCUUGUGUUUCACCGUGCGCGCUCGUACUGGCCAUCCUCUACCUAGAACGACUGAAUGCUUGCAACCCUGAUUACAUUGCUGCUGCUGCACCUGCUGAUCUCUUCCUUGUUUCACUGAUGGUAGGUAACAAGUUCUUGCAAGAUGAUGGAGAAGACGACGAUGUGAUGUGCUCUGAGUGGGCUGCCUCCGGGGGCUUAGAGUUGAACCAGCUGAAAAAACUUGAAAUUGAUUUCCUCAAUGCAAUAGAUUGGAAUGUGUUUGUGAGUGAGAAAUCAUUUGAAGCAGGACUGUUGUGGUUGGAACGGCAAGUAGCGCUGAAGCAGGCGCAGCUGCGAGGCUUCUUUACAUACAGCGACCUGGUGGCUGCCAGUGACGUUGCGUUGCUGCCGUCGCUGGCCCGCGGACUGGGUGCGGCCUGCGCAUCCCUAGCGCUGGCGUACGUCACCAGCCUCGUGGCCUUCCUGACGUCCACGCUGGUCAUGUCCCAUGCCUGGCUGCCCGCUCUACACUACAUGGCCACGCGCACUCCGCUCGCCCCUCUCGCUGCCCUCGACGUGCUCGAUACAAAUAUUAUAACGCACAGUUUGCAUUCGGAACUGACCUCAUUGACCUCAUACACCAACAAUGCAACUCUACACCAGUCCACUUUAGAUAUACUCACUGAAGAGACUGUUUCUGACAGCCUAAAGUGUUGCACGAAGUGGACCAAGUAUCAGGAUAGUACGACGAACAAGAGGAAUUGGUAUGAUGCAAUCGUAGUGUACGACUGGAAGACCUUGGAACCGUGGUGGUCGACGACAUCCGUACUCAACUGGCUGUACCAGAGCUCUCUCGUAAACCCGAUGCAGCGUUGGCUGGACAAGCUCGGCUCAGUGAGCGAGCUAGUGUCGCGCGAUGUCGGUGGUUCCGCACCGCUGCGGAGCUGUGGCGCGGCGCCGAGCUGUCUGCGGCAGGGCCUCAACCUCAGCAAGCUGGGCGCGCUCGUGGCCACCGUGUCCGACCGGUAGGCCCGCGCUGAUACCUACAACGCUGAUAAUACGGACAAUGAGUGACGCCGGGUUCACAGGACAAUUUACAACACCCACAAUUUGAUUAGGAACUAUUUCAAACUUUGUUAUUAAGCGUAAAAACUAGGCCUUAAAAGCUAGUAAACAUAUCUAUAACUUAUUUUAAGCCAUUUUUCAAUCAUUUGUUCGGAUUUCAGUAAAAAAUGUUUUUUGCUUUAUAAAUAAUGUUCGAAACGCGUUGUAAAAUGUCUCGUGAGCAACUUUAAUGUUCUUUAAAUAAAUAGUUGUACUUCUAUUCUUCCGUGGCUAUAGAAUGGUAGCUCAAAACAAAUGAGAGAAACGUAUGAGCAUCGACAUGGCAGAAACAGAUGGUACCAAAACGAGGCUACAACUCUGCGUAGCGACAAUACAUCGCAAACAUCCACGACACCGCACAACGUAUCGUUGUCAUGUAAAAAUACUGUUCGACGUAAACUUUCCGAUGCGUCGUCGCAUCGCAGUGCAUUGCCUUCGUCUUGGCCUGAAAGUAUUGUUGUUUAGAACGUAGUCUCUUACUACAGACUCGAAUUACAAAAAGAUAUCAUUUGUUGUAAGAAACCUAUUGUCUAUAGUUAGCGACAAUGGUUCACAUAUAUGUAGUAAUUGUUCAGAAGGAACAAUUGUACGGUUCCGAUAUUACAUCUACUAGAAAAUGGUAAGUCCUUUAUUACAACACUUGAUAUAAAAUAUAAAUAUAUAUUUUUUACAAACUUGUCAGCGACGUAAUAGCAUUGGCGAAGGAUUCAAACAAUAUCGCUCUAGUGCUAUCAAUAUUUCUAUCUAUUUUUGUAUGUGAUGUGGUGUAUUAAAACUAUCUGCAAUGAAAA